GCUCAGUGUAGCAGCGAAGCGGUGAAAGGUUUUAUCAGUAGACAGCCAGCAUCCAUGCGUCGCGCUUUAUAUAAACUGUACACCUCGGGGACAUUCAAAUACACGGACCACCCCACUCAUCGUUUCGCCUAGUUACUCUAAGAACAGUCUGUAUCGAGCUUAGCAAGAAUGGCCUUGUUUAGUGAAUCAAGCAGCCCAUUGUGGCUUGUUCUGUUGUUGUAAAUGAAUUGUCCGCUACAGGCUUCAGUAAGUGUGAGCUCAGUGAAUAGCUACAUAUACAGAAUGGGGUGCACGUCCUGUACCAUAUGUGUGUCAAAUCUUAAAAGGAAAGAAUGCAUCCCUGACUUGGUCACUCUACUUCCUCUUAACUUAUUAUUUAUUUAAUCAAAUGACUAUAACCAGAUCAGUUCCCUAUAGAAGGCUUUGAAGCUGAAGUUCAGGACGCCUGGUAUUUCAGAGUUGCUGACUAUAAGCUUCCACACGCCGAUGCAGCUAAACAAGAACUCUGACAUUUGUGUGACUGCAUGGCACAUAUGCGAAACACGGAGGAAGCUGAGCUGCAGGUCCUGAGUAUCCUGAAUGAGGUUAUCCUGUGUCCUUGCUGGUGUAAGGUUUCCUGUGUGCUCACCUCAACAAGCUGCAGUCUCACAGACAAACAGAGCAACCAGCCUGGAAGAGGAGCACCAUCAGGAGUUUUUCUAAUGGAAAAUAUUUAAUAAGUCCUGCCCAGCCAAUGAUACGUCUUUGUCCAUUAUCACUAUUGUCCCAGUGAGAACAACUGAUAAAAAGUGUCGACUUCUUGCUUGGAACCAUCCAACAGCAGCUCUGCACUCAGCUUGGUGGCUAUAAUCUAAAUGCCAUAGGACCCAAAUAGAAGACUCUGCUAAAGAAAGUAGCCUCAGGAAAUAAUAUUAUUUUUGUUCCUUGUCAUCCUUGAAGUUUUGUUUUAGGGUCAAGUACCAAUCAAUCAUGGCGGCCACAGGCUACAGCUACUAUCGUGUCACCAUCUUUUUUUGCUUGUUCAUUGGCUACUCGCUAUACUUCUUUAACAGGAAGACUUUCUCCUUCGUCAUGCCCUCUGUGAUGGAGGAGAUUGAACUGGACAAAGAGGACUUGGGUCUGAUCACCAGCAGCCAGACCAUGGCCUAUGCCAUGAGUAAGUUCAUCAGCGGCGUGUUAUCAGACCGGAUCAGUGCCCGCUGGCUUUUCUCCAUCGGCCUCUUCUUGGUGGGGGGCAUUAAUGUAGCCUUCUCCUGGUUCUCCACUGUAUCCAUGUUCUCACUGCUCUGGUUCAUUAACGGCCUGGGACAGGGCUGUGGCUGGCCCCCAUGUGGAAAGGUGCUACGCAAGUGGUAUGAGCCUUCCCAGUUUGGAACAUGGUGGGCUGUGCUGUCCUGCAGUAUGAACCUGGCCGGGGGUCUGGGCCCUAUCCUGGUCACAGUGCUACUGCAGUACUAUGAUUGGAGGACUAUCUUGACCAUGUCAGGCAUUGUCUGUGCCACCUUCUCAUUUGUGUGUCUGGUGUUUGUAAAGAACGAACCAAAGGAUGUAGGCUUGCCCAGCAUCGAGGCAGUGGCCAAGAAGGGGACAAAGCAAGGGAACAGUGAGAGCACCCUGAGUGACUUCCUCCUGUCUCCUUUCCUGUGGGUGCUGUCUCUGUGUUACCUGGUGGUGUUUGGUGUGAAGACGGCAGCCACGGACUGGGGACAGCUCUUUCUCAUGCAGGAGAAAGGCCAGACCGCUCUUUUGGGGAGCACCUACAUGAGUGCCUUGGAAGUGGGAGGUUUUAUGGGCAGCCUCACAGCAGGUCUCAUCUCAGACAGAGCUGUAGCUCGGCAAGGUUUAGGCACCCAUGGCAACCCUCGUCACGGCCUGCUCAUUGUCAUGAUGGCUGGUAUGUAUGUGUCCAUGUACCUCUUCAGAGUUACCGUCACACCUGAAAUCCCAAAGGAGGCUCCUCUAUGGGUUCAAGUCAUUCAUCCCAUCUCUGUCCUGAUUGGUGUGUCAGAACAAGAGAUCUGGAUCCUCUUUCUUGGUGCUCUGUUUGGAUUUUCCUCUUAUGGACCAAUUGCCUUGUUUGGGGUGGUAGCCAAUGAAAGUGCUCCUUCAAAUUUUUGUGGAACCUCUCAUGCAGUUGUAGCUCUCAUGGCUAACGUGGGGGCCUUCAUGGCGGGGCUUCCCUUCAGCACUAUUGCCAAACGACACAGCUGGGACAUGGCUUUCUGGGUCGCUGAGGUGAUAAUGGGACUAGCAACCAUCGGGUUCUUCCUUGUACGAAACAUGCGCACUAAAAUGGGACGGAUUGCAGAGAAGGUGGACUAGUGCACUGUACCUCCUCAAAAUAACUUAACUGCCUGUUAGGCGACUAGGCAGACAGUUUUCUGUGCUCUCUCUACAGAAUACUAUAACAACUCCAGUUUGACCAAACAGAACAACUGUCAAACUCAGACUAAUCUGUCUUUUAGUCUUGAUUUAUUGGUGGAUGUAGAUACUCAAGGUGGGUGUAGGUCAGUAAAUCACUUUAAAUUCACAAUCAGGUAGGAUGGUCUCACACUAUUUCCUUGUAUUCAACACUAUAAAGAUACAGUAGGUCAUAAUUGUUUGUCACACACAUUUUGCUGCCUCCACAUAACCCUAGCAGCAGUUUUCAUGUAUAGUGACAUAAAAAGUUUUGACUGCUGCAUGCUCAAGAGAACAUGGGCAUGAAAAUCUGUAGUGGCUUGGGUGGAAUUAGUUGAGACAAAGUGGAUGUGUGCUGCUCACUGCACACCUUGCCUUCAGUGGAGCACAGUUAUAAUUAACCUAUGGAAUGUUUAGUGAUGGGUCUGUAUAUUCUCGACUAUUAUUGGACUAGAUGUUCACACAAAUGUGGCAGCAUGUCUCAUGUCCUUGAUAAUUUUACAAAUACCUCAGCUAUUUUUAAAAAUGUAAUAGGUGAAUGAUUUCAGUAAUUGGAGAAUGUUAUUUUUAUACACGAUUCUCUACUAAAUGAUAUAGAAUAACAAUUUGCAUUAUUCUUAGGCCAGGUCAGCUUUUGUAGUUUGACAUGUUUUUAAGGGUCACUUUACAUUAGAUCUUUGCUACAGGUGUUUAGUCUGUCACUAUGGUUGUAUGCAGGUGUUGCAACACUUGAUUAAAUACUAUUAACUUUCUCAUCUCUAAGAUGUAGGGGUCUACGCACAGUGCCACUUUGGUGUAUCAGUAUCUUGUUACAGAAGAAGCAUUGAGGAGGACUAAUAAAUGUGAAGUUUUGUUUGUUUAUCUGUAAA